AUGCGUACAACGUCUAGCCUUGCGAUUGCCAUCACGGGCCUUCUGUUUGUAAACCAUGGCUCAAGUCACCCGAUCGACAGUGACAUUCAAGUUCCCUUCACCGAGACAAGGCCUCAGGAGCCUGCGACCGAGGGCUCAUACUCAGCCUUUUCGACCCUCAGAGACGUCCUAAUUGACCACGAUAUCAUUGGCGAUGUCCUCGACGAUUUUGAACCCUCCUACUCCCUCGACAUCACCUACCCAAAUUCACACGAAACUGUUCUCCUGGGCAACGACAUCCCCGUCGACUCCGUAUCGAAACGACCCAUCUUCACCUUUCAUUCCAUAAACUCUCAGUCAGCACGAGGCAGAGAGUCCACCUUCACCCUGAUCUUGACAGAUCCUGAUGCAAAAUCUCGCGACCACCCAAAGUGGUCUGAAAUGUGUCACUGGAUCCUCACCAACUUGACCACGCCUAUACCAGAGCCCCCCUCAGUGUUCCAACGACUGAAAGCCAAACCCGGAGAGCUAGAGGAAUACCUACCGCCGGGCCCACCACCAAAGACUGGCGCCCACCGUUAUGUGUUCGUCUUAUUAGAAGGCGAGACCUCAACCCUAAAACCGCCUGCGGACAGAAAGCACUGGGGUUAUGACAAGCCCAGACACGGUGUGCGGGACUGGGCCAAGGAGAAUGAUUUGACUGUUGUGGGAGCCAACUUUUUCUAUGCCCAAAACGAGAAGCAAUAA